UUGGGGAGAAACGGGGAGCGGCUGGGACGCAGCCUGCCCCUUCCCUGAUUUUCGAACGGCCGGAGGUCUCCCCCAAGCCCGUAGCGCCUCCAAGCGCCUCUCGGCCCGGGCUUCUGAGGCGGUCUUGGUGUGUGGGCGCCUCCCAGGCCAGGCGGAGAGGGAGCCGGCCUUCGGACUACCCUUCUCUUGGUGACAGGAUUUUUCCGUGAAGUGUGUCCGGACCGAGGCUGGCAGGCUGUGUCUGCAGGUUCUUGAUAAAAAGUACUUGCUAGACUACAGUAUUUCAGAAGAGAGGUGAAAGAGUAUAUUGCAACUCUGAAGCCUGUAGGAAGGUGGAUUGACUGGCAUUAAGCCACAGGUAAUCACUUUUUGAGGUUCUUGGGUUUCUGUGUAUCUACAUCCCAAGAAGGAUACCUUUUGAAGGAUGUAAAUCUUUACAAGACUGAGUGAUCUUUUGAAAAACGUGACACAAAAACUGGGAAAAAACUGCUCUUCUGUACCAAGGCAGGGGACAAUGUCACAAGUUAAAACUUCCUAUUCCUAUGAUGCUCCCACGGACUUUAUCAAUUUUACCUCUUUGGAUGAUGAGGAAGAUGCCCAAAACAUAGAUUCUUGGUUUGUUGCAGUCAGAAUAUGCAUGCAGAGUGUUAUUGCUGGGGCUCACCAUGUUCCUGAAACUUCUAUCUUUGAAGAGAAGGCCAAUUUGGAGAAUAAGUUUUCUGGGAAGAAUGGCAUAGCAGGGCUUUUUCAGGACAAAACUCCUCUGAGGAAGCCUAAUCCUCAGCAAGCUAUUGUCACACCUUUGAGACCAGUCGAAAACACUUACUACAAAGAGGCAGAAAAAGAAAAUCUGGUGGAACAGUCCAUUCCAUCAAAUAUUUGUUCUUCCCUGGAAGUCAAGGGAACCACCUCAAAAAAUACUCCAGUGCAGCCUCAGAGAAGAUCUACUAGACUCUCUGCUCAGAAAGAUUUGGAACAGAAAGAAAAACAUGGGAAAAUGAAAGCCAAGAGAUGUGCUACUCCUGCAAUCAUCCAUGAAAUUCCACCCUCCAAAAAAAUGAAAGUUUCUAACAAUAAAAAGAAGCCAGAGGAAGAGGAAGAAGGCAGCGCUCAUCAAGAUACUUCUAAAAAACAUGAGUCUUCCCCAGAGAAAGCCAAGGGCAGACGAACUGUGUCUUGUAUACAGCCUGUGAGGCAGAAGACUCUAAAAAGUACUGAGGAGCAAGAGUUGGAGAAGAGAAUGAAAAUGCAACAGGAGGUGGUGGAGAUGCGGAAAAAGAAUGAAGAAUUCAAGAAACUUGCUCUUGCAGGAAUAGGGCAACCUGUGAAGAAAUCAGUGAUCCAGGUAACCAAAUCAGUUGACUUCCACUUCCGCACAGAUGAGCGAAUCAAACAACAUCCUAAGAACCAGGAGGAAUAUAAAGAAGUGAACUUUACAUCUGAACUGCGAAAGCAUCCUGCAUCUCCUGCCCGAGUGACUAAGGGAUGCACCAUUAUUAAGCCUUUCAACCUGUCCCAAGGAAAGAAAAGAACAUUUGAUGAAACAGCUUCUACAUAUGUGCCCCUUGCACAGCAGGUUGAAGCCUUUCACAAACGAACCCCUAACAGAUAUCACUUGAGGAGCAAGAAGGAUGAUACUCUGUUACCCUCCAAAUCUGCUGGGCUCAAGAUAUCCAGAGACCCACAGACUCCUGUGCUGCAAACUAAACAGCGCACAAGGCCUGUGACCUACAAAAGUGCAGCAGAUCAGGAGGCUGAGGAGCUUGAGAAACUGCAACAAUACAAAUUCAAAGCACGAGAACUUGAUCCCAGAAUUCUUGAAGGCGGGCCCAUCUUGCCCAAGAAACCACCUGUGAAGCCACCCACUCAGCCUGUUGGCUUUGAUUUGGAAAUUGAAAAGAGAAUCCAGGAGCGGGAAUCAAAGAAGAAAUCAGAAGACGAACACUUUGAAUUUCAUUCCAGACCUUGCCCUACUAAAAUCUUGGAGGAUGUUGUGGGUGUUCCUGAAAAGAAAGUACUUCCCAUCACUGUUCCCAAGUCACCAGCCUUUGCGUUGAAGAACAGAAUCCGAAUGCCCACCAAAGAAGAUGAGGAAGAGGAGGAGCCGGUAGUGAUAAGAGCUCAACCUGUGCCACAUUAUGGGGUACCUUUUAAGCCCCAAAUCCCAGAGGCAAGAACUGUGGAAAUAUGUCCUUUUUCUUUUGAUUCUCGAGACAAAGAACGUCAGUUACAGAAGGAGAAGAAAAUAAAAGAACUGCAGAAAGGAGAGGUGCCCAAGUUUAAGGCGCUUCCUUUGCCUCAUUUUGACACCAUUAACCUGCCAGAGAAGAAGGUGAAGAACGUAACUCAGAUUGAGCCUUUCUGCUUGGAGACUGACAGAAGAGGUGCUCUGAAGGCACAGACAUGGAAGCAUCAGCUGGAGGAAGAACUGAAACAGCAGAAAGAAGCGGCUUGCUUCAAGGCUCGUCCAAACACUGUCAUCUCCCAGGAGCCCUUUGUUCCCAAGAAAGAGAAGAAAUCCAUUGCUGAGGGCCUUUCUGGUUCUCUAGUUCAGGAACCUUUUCAGCUGGCCACCGAGAAGAGAGCCAAGGAGCGACAGGAACUGGAAAAGAGAAUGGCUGAGGUAGAAGCUCAGAAAGUCCAGCAGUUGGAGGAGGCCAGGCACCAGGAGGAAGAGCAGAAGAGGGAGGAGCUGGCCAGGCUACGGAAAGAACUGGUACACAAGGCAAAUCCAAUACGCAAAUACCAGGGUGUGGAAGUAAAGUCAAGUGACCAGCCUCUGACUGUGCCUGUUUCUCCCAAGUUCUCCACUCGAUUCCACUGCUAACCUCAGCUGUGAGCUACAGGCACCACCUAGGAAGAGGAGCUUCUCUUUUCAUGAAACCAGGAGCCUUCUUUCCUUGUCACCAGGGCAAUAGAAAGAACCCAUUUCUCCAGACUUUACCUGCUCAUGCACAGCAGCAUACUUGACAAGUGUGGACUCCAGUCUUGUUGAGAAUUGUUUUCCUACAUUAUUGAGGCUAAUAAUGAGACUCAUGCAUAUCUUGCUCUGAUUCCAUGUAGUUAUUUCCUUUGAACUCACAUCAGUCAACCUUUAAUGAGUCUUAACUCUGACUAGUAUCAGCACAGUAUACUUUCUUUUGCCUCUUUGCCCUCUCCCCCCUUCUUUCUAUUUUAAUCAGAAAAUAAAGAUAGUUAAAUACUAAGAUAGAAUUUAAGUCAUGGCUUACCUGAGGAACAGUUAAUAUAUCAGAUUCUUUCCUCAUCUCUGCACAAAAUGAAUUUUGAGUUAAGGAGCCUGUCUCUACAAAGGGUGGAAGCUUCAUUAACCAUGCAAUCAUGAGGAAGACCAUGGACUGACAGGGAGCUUUGCAGCAGCCAUCAGCAGACUUUAGGGCAGAGCUGCUGUUAAGGCACUGUCUUCCCUUGUCAGUGCUGAUAAUAACAGAAUGCCAUGUGGUACACUUUUUAAGUCCUCCAUAAACUGGAAUGGAAUAAACAUGUUUUUCUUCCCCUCCCUGAUUUUGUUACUUCAUGUUUUUAAUUCUAUCAGGCCCCUUGGGAGGUACAUCUUAUUGGGGUAAAUGGGUACUUAGGAGGGAAGGGUCCAGGAACUUUUUAAAGCAGAGGCUCUGUCCUUAGAGGAAAGUGCUUUGUAAUGUUUUUCUAUCCUUGCAUAUUUUGAACUCCCUCCCAGGAACCACUCUGAAAGGCAAUCGUGUGUGUUAUACCUUCACACAGACAUGUGCCUUCUUCCCUAAAUGUGCUUUUUCUCAGCUGGUAAACUUCUUUACAAGACUAAAGUAAAAUCUUUUUCAUAAGUCCUUUCUUGACCACCUGACCUCUGCUGGGAUGAUCUCUUCCUUCUGUGUGCCUCCCAAAUGUUUCUUCUAUAUGUCUCUAGUAGAACAAUUAUACCACAAAUUAUUUGCACUUGUUCAGAAACUGGUAGAGACCCAGAUAGCUAAAAUUUUCUUACUCCUUGAAAACAAAAGUUAUGUUAGUCAUCUCUAAAUUCUUUUGUAGCUGGCACAAAAUUUGCUAGAUCCAUGUUAAAUAGGGUAUUUCUUUUAGACUUGACAUCAUCUAUGAACUCUACUCUUUACUCAUGCUCUACUCCUGUGCUAAGAGAUAUAAAAGCAUCUAUAUCCUGCCCAGGCCAGUUCCAGUGACCAUAGAAGAUAGUAAACCUAUUUUAUGUUCCUUUCAUUUGUUCAUUCAGUGAGCAUUAUUAACAGGCCAUUGUAGAUUCAGUGAUGGAUACAAAGCAAGACAUGAUUUGCAGAUCCCUGAGCCUCCUGAAGACCCACAGACUGGUGCAAAAUACAGUUCCUUUAUUCAUUUCCUAGAAGUCUAGUAUACAGGUCUAUACCUACUUAUGUAAAUCAUUUAACUAUUUAUUUGAUGCUACUAUACCUACUUUGGAACUACUUACAUAGUCUCUGGGAAUACAGCAAUGAACAGAAAUAGAAGAACUUGCUUUCACGGAGCUACCUUUUAGGAGGGAAGACAGACCAUAAGCCAGUAACUGUCGUCUCUUCUAUCACGUGGUAAAUGUUUCUCCUACUGCUUUGUGAAGAAUAGAAUGGAAUGGGAUGGAGGGCAUGUAAGGUUGGAAACAGGAAUGUAUGAGCUAGUAGGAGCCUGGUCUGGGGUAGUAGCAGUGGAGGUGAUGAGAAAUGGUUGGGUUCUGAGUGUAUCUUGAAGUUGUAACCGGCAAGACUUGCUGACAUAUUGGUUGUGGUGUGCAAGAAAGAGAGUAGUUGAGGAGGGUACCCAGAUAUCAGCCCUAUGAGAAAUCCAGUUCUAUCCCAAGUCCUCCUCCGUUCUUAGAUUCCUGGAGGGCCUUCAUUGUUUCUGGUCACCUCUUGUUGUUGGGUUUUUUUCCUGUUCAAUCCUUGAGCUCCUCUGUGUCUAUCCUCUGUAGCCUUCCCUUCUCUCGUAUUAGUUUUCUGACAGUCCACUGUCAUUCUUAUACAUCAUUCAUAUACUUCUAUCAGGUGUUUUAUGUAUUUUGCCCAUUUUUUGUUUUUAGUCAUUUCAGAUAGGAGAAUAAAUCCAGACCUCAAAUUGAGGUUUCUGGAAAGAGUAUUACCAAGAAUUACAGACCUAGGGGAUCCUUCUGGAUUACCCUCUCCACACAGACCCAUGUUGGGAUGGUAAUAUAUGACAGUUUUGGAGAGUCAAAGGAAUGGGAUUACAUUACUUGAGAGCAAAGAGCUUAAAAUUGAGAUGCAGACAUCCAUUGCUUCCUGCUUCCCAGACUUCCUCAGUUUCCCAACAGCUGGCUGUUUCUCCUCAGUUCUGUCUGUCUCAUACUGAGUUCUCUUUUGGGACCAUCUCACAUGACCCUUAUUUCUAACACAGUCUACCAUUUCUUCUGAAGCUCAAAAUUUCCACUUUUAUCUUACAGAGGAAGUCAGGUUCUUUAUCCCUUCAGGCUAUAUUCUGGCGGGAGCUUCUCUUUCAACACUCUGAGGUUGCUCUGAAAUUUUCCUAAGCAAAGAACAUGUCCUCUGAUAGGAACUUACUUAAUUUUACUGAGAAAUCUGGCUGUCACACUUCGCUUGGCAAUUUUGCAAAGCUCCUAGCUCAUGCGCACAUGCAGAUGGUUAGAAUUCUCACAAUUUCUGGGAAAGACUCUGUUUUCAAUGUUGUUUUGACUUGGUCAUGGUUUCCCCAUUGCUAAUAGUCUUGUGCUCUUUAACAUAUUUGUAAGAUUACUGUCCACUCUUAAUUUGGUUGGUCAUUUUGCCCUUGUGUGAUUGCUUUGUUGCCAUCUUGACUGCUGUUUUAUUCCUUGCUGGUUCUUUUGCACAGUUUUGUCCCUGGAGACUGGAGCUUGGGUGGUAGACAGGCUAUAGUUGCAGCCGCUCCAGAGUUGAACAGGGAUGAGACCUGUAUACAAGGCAUUAUAACACAAGAUAAGAUGUGACUGAGUAAUGUGAAACACAGAAAGUACUGGGGGAGCUCAGAGAUUCUUUUGGGAGGUGAGAUUGCAAUUCUUAAAAAUGUUUCUUUCUUUUAAGUAAAAAUUGCCAAAGUAGUAUAAUAUGUCUUUUGGAAACAAUUAAAAUAAUACAGACCAUAUAGAAUAACCAUGCAAGUAAGUCUCCUUAUUUCCCUACUCCAUUUACUCCGUUUCCCAGGAGUACCCCACUGAUAACAGUUGCAUAUUCUUCCAGAAUGUUUUUAUGUACAUAGACUUCUAGAGCAUUUUUCUUUUUUUUUUUUUUUGUAACAAUAAGAUUAUAGUAUUCUGCAUUUGUUUUUAAUUUGUUCUUUGAAAUGUUAUACAUUCACAUGGUUCAGAAUUCACAAGAUACAAAGGUAAAUAAAGUUCACCUUUUCUUCCAA